AUGACCAAGACUGUGUGCAUCGUCGGCGCCGGUCCUUCUGGACUCGUGGCCGCCAAAACCCUCCUUCACAAUGCUCCCAAGGACGCCUUCAAAGUCAGCGUCUUCGACUCUCAGGCCGCCAUCGGUGGCCUGUGGCCCGUGUCCAAGACGGACAACGGCCGCUUGAUUCACCCUCUCAUGAUCACCAACCAGAGCAGGCACACGAUGCACUUUAGCGACCUCGCCUGGGAACGGGAUGCUCCGCAGCUCCCUCGCGCCUGGAUGAUCGGAAAGUACCUGGAGCGGUACAUGAACCGCCAUCUCACCGGACAGGCUGGUUUUGACCUUCAGCUUCGCACCCGCGUCGUCGGCGCCGAGCCCGCCAUCGCCAUGGAAGGAAAUCCAGGUUGGCACGUGCGGCUCCGGACGGAGGAGGGGGAAAAGACGGAGAGGUUUGACUAUCUGCUCGUCGCCUCGGGCCAUUUCGGCAAGCCCAUGAUUCCAGAGUGUCUCGCCCGGCCGAGCUUGAUCCCCGUCAUCCACAGCAGCCGCUAUCGCGACUUGAAGGACCUCUUGGUGAAGGCGACAGGAAAGGGCAAAAUUCUUGUCGUCGGUGGCCAAAUGUCCGGCGUCGAGAUUGCCGCGACGAUCGCCUCGCACCUGUCGUCGGCCGCGCAUGCGCCCGGCGAGGCGGACAUUCCUCACGUCGACCGGUAUACGGUUCAUCACGUCUUGCAGCGACCCGUCUGGGUGUUCCCCCACUUCACGACGCCCGAGCCCAAGCUGGCGGCUCCGCCCUUUCUCCCCAUCGACUUUGCCUCGUACAAUUCCAACAGCCGACCCCAGCCGCUGGUCAACACCCAAGGGCACGUCGCCCAGGACGUCGCGAGCGUCGUUCACGGCGUGUACGAAAAUGUCCUCGGCACGAACCAAUCGCAGUUCUCGCCCCUGCUGCGGGUCGACGGCGACGACAGGACGGCGCCUCCGUACUUGGCGGUGAGCGACUGGUACUGCGACUUCGUACGGUCCGGGCUCAUCACCUUGUCCAAGGGCAAGGUCGAGUCGCUCGUCGGCACCACGGCAGUCCUCUCCGACGGCGCCGGCCAGGUGGAUGAUGUCGCCGCCGUCGUCGUGGCCACGGGCUUCGACCCUUCCCCCUCGCUGGAUUUUCUACCCCGGGACACUCUCGAGAGGCUGCAGCACUCGCCGCGGCACACGAAGCAGCCUCUGGCCCUCGCCUUUCACGGCACUCACCAUCCCGAGGUGCCCAACCUCGGCUUCGUCGGCUUCUACCGCUCUCCAUACUGGGGCAUCAUGCAGAUGCAGGCCCGCUUCCUCGCCGAGUUCUGGUCCGGCCGAGCGGCGCUCGCGGCACCCCUGUCGCGGAGACUGGCCGCCGACGACUCCAUCCAACGCACGCUCUCCCUGCGCAACGACGUUCAACUCUCGCAGUUCCCCAUGGGUGAUUACCAAUGGCUCAUGCAAGAGUUUGCCGAGGCCCUGUCGAUGGAACGAGCGUCACGGCCCUCUCAUCCGGAGCUUCCACGCCUCACGCAAAACGACGAGGUGCUGGAUACGCUGACGCCGUCGAGGUUCACCUCCCCGACGGACGACGACGCGGCAAGGGAAAGUGCCGCCCUCUCCGUCCAGGACACGCUCGACGUGACGGCAGCCGGCCUCGGGACGCCGACGUUCAUCUCCCGCGCCGUCUUCCGCAGCCUGCUCGGCACCUGGAAGCUGCAUCGGCAAAUCACGAGCAGGCUGCCCUCGCACCCCAGCGGCUCCUUUGGCGGCACGGCACAGUUUCUUCUUCGCGAGAAGAGCACCGACGGCACGUCGGCCGGCGGCGGCGGCGACGACGACGACGACGACGACGACGACGACGGCUUGGAAUACCUCUACGUCGAGGCGGGCGAGUUCACGACCGACUCGGGCUUCCGUUUCCCCGCGACGAGGCGUUAUGUGUGGCGGUACGACGAGCGCAAGGACCUGCUCAGCGUGUGGUUCACAAAGCCAGACGACGACAAGCGCGCCGACUACCUCUUCCACGAGAUCGAGUUUGAGCAGCCGACGGCUCGGGGCGAUGAGAGCUGGAGGGCCAAGGCGGGGCAUCUGUGCGUCGACGACUACUACGACGUCAAGUACAGGUUUGCCUUUGACGCCGUGAACCUGAGGGACUGGAGCAUCGAGUAUACCGUCAACGGGCCGAAGAAAGAUUACAGCAUCCGCGGGGCGUACUCGCGCUAG